AUGACCACCAUGGCUACCACCAACAGCCACAAGCCCCCCUAUUCAACAUCCCACACCCUUAAAGCCCUCGACCAACGCUAUAAUGCCCAAUCCUACUCAACCAUAGCCACAAUCAUGGCCCUCCGCCAAACAUACUUCCAAGACCGCUUCACCUUCAUGCGCGGAGAAGACAUGGUUCCCGUCCUCAAGCGUCUCGGUGCUACAGACGAAAACUUCCGCUACGUCAAAUCCAUAAGCAACAUAACAGGCCUGAAUCUCGACUACUGCACAGUUACUCACGGCCGUUACAGCAGACUUCGCCGCACAAUUCAGCGUCUCGAGUGGCAGCCCUACACGCUUCCCGUGCAAGAGGACUACUGCCGGCACGACUGA